GUCGUUAUUCCGAUGGCCUGAAAGGCAACAUGACGUGACGUAAAAUUCUGCGACGCACGUGUGGCUGUAGUGGGGGAGCAGAGAUGGCUGCUGAGGUGUUGCAGUUCCAUGAAAUGGGCUUGGACGAUCGUCUGUUAAAGGCGGUUGCAGAUCUAGGUUGGUCUCGGCCCACUCUGAUCCAGGAGAAGGCCAUUCCUCUGGCUCUGGAGGGGAAAGAUCUUCUGGCUCGAGCUCGGACUGGAUCUGGAAAGACCGCUGCUUUUGCUGUCCCCGUCAUACAGCGCAUCCUGGCCUCCAAACAGACCGUUCGUGAGCAGGCUGUAAGAGCUCUGAUCCUGGUUCCAACCAAAGAGCUGGGUCAGCAGGUUCAGACCAUGAUAAGACAGUUAACAUCAUUCUGCUCAAGAGACGUCAGAGUGGCUGACAUCUCUGGCAAAGCUGAUGUGUCAACUCAGAGGCCCAUCUUAAUGGAGAAGCCUGAUGUGGUCGUGGGGACGCCAUCCCGUGUGCUUGCCCAUCUCAAAGCACAGAACCUGGUCCUACACUCUUCCUUGGAAAUGCUGGUUGUAGACGAGGCUGACCUGCUCUUCUCUUUCGGCUUCGAGGCUGAUCUGAAGAACUUGUUGUGCCAUUUGCCAAAGAUCUACCAGUCGUUCCUCAUGUCAGCCACCUUCACCGAGGAUGUCCAGGCCUUGAAGGAGCUGCUGCUGCACAACCCUGUUAUCCUGAAGCUUCAGGGCUCUCAGCUCCCAGACAGCAGCCAGCUGCAACAGUACAGCAUCAAAUGUGAGGAGGAGGACAAGUUCCUGCUGAUCUACACGCUACUGAAGCUGCGCCUGGUUCAGGGAAAGACGUUGGUGUUUGUGGGAACGGUGGACCGGAGCUACCGGCUGAAACUGUUCCUGGAACAGUUUGGCGUCCCUGCUUGUGUUCUCAAUUCUGAGCUCCCCGUCCAGUCAAGGUGUCACAUCAUCACCCAGUUUAAUCAAGGAUUUUACGACUACAUCAUCGCCUCAGACGAGCAGAGUUUGGCUGACCCCGCUGCAUCUUCACAGUCCACAGCCAGAAAAGAGAAGAAGAAAAAAGCCACAGAGAAAGGAGGAAAAGCUAAAGACAAGGAGUAUGGAGUCUCCAGAGGUGUGGACUUCCAAAACGUUGCCAAUGUCGUGAACUUUGAUUUCCCCACAUCUGUGGAAUCCUACAUUCAUCGAGUUGGAAGGACGGCGAGAGCAGACAAUCCUGGAACUGCUCUGUCCUUCAUCUCUCACACUGAGCUCUCUCUGCUGGCGGAGGUGGAGGAGGCUCUCAUUGGAGAUAAUGCUGAUUCUGUUUUGAAACCUUACCAGUUUAAAAUGGAGGAGAUAGAAGGCUUCAGGUACAGGUGCAGAGAUGCAAUGCGUGCUGUGACCAAGCAGGCGGUCAGGGAGGCCCGGUUGAAAGAGAUCAAACAGGAGCUGCUCAACUCAGAGAAACUCAAAACUUAUUUUGAUGACAACCCCAGAGAUCUUCAACUUCUCAGACAUGACAAAGACCUUCAUCCUGCUGUCGUCAAGCCUCACAUGAAGAACAUACCAGACUAUCUAAUUCCUGAGACUCUGAAGGGCGUAUUUAACCCGCUAAGAGGCAAAAGGAGGAAGAGGAUGAUGAAAUCCAAACCGGAGGGUGUCAUCAAGAGCAGCUUGAAGAAGAACACCCGGGGGGACCCACUGAGGAGUUUCCGGUACACUGACAGGAAAAACAGAAAAGGCAAAGGCGGCGAGUCGUAGCUGCUGCAGUACACCUGGAAGUGAGUCGGUAACCGUGCAGAGACGUUGGCCUGGAGGACUUUCAGGCUCCACAGUUGGCCCAACUGAACAAAUGUGAGCUAUGAUGACUGGAUCAUAACGGAGGCUGAAACAAGAUGGGACAGACAAAUUGGAUCUGGACUUUUCAAAUGUACUGAACAUUUUGCUAGAAGUGCAGAAUACAUGUCUGAUUCCUUAUGAAUAUCUCAUUUCUAACGGACAAUCAGAAAUCUUUCUUUGAAUAAACUCAGUCAUUGUGUUGUAGUUUUAAUAAGUCUAACUUGUAAGAAAUCACCUCAUGUUUAACAGUCUGUAUUAAAUCCUUAAAGCAGGUGUUCGAUCCUGUAAUAAAUGAACACGAGUUGAAUUUUC